AUGUCUAGUUCUUUACCUUUACCGUUACCUACGUGGGAUACUCCUUUUGGCAUACAAUUAUGGCCCUUAUUUAAUAAAUAUAUUUCAAUCUUAACAAAUUAUCAAUUUAUACCUGAAAAUUUUCAAUUUAUUCAAGGUUAUACUCCGUUAUCAACUUUUAAACCUGUUGCUUUAGCUAUUACUAUUUAUUAUAUCAUUAUAUUCGGUGGUGAUUUUAUAUUUAAAAAAUUGAAUUUAAAACCUUUUGUACUUAAUGGUUUAUUUCAAAUUCAUAAUUUAUUGUUAACUACUUUAUCAUUAACUUUAUUGACUUUAAUGAUUGAACAAUUAAUUCCAAUCAUUUAUUAUAAUGGUUUAUUUUAUGCCAUUUGUGAUUCGAAAGCUUGGACCCAACCUUUAGUUUGUUUAUAUUAUUUAAAUUAUUUAACUAAAUUUGUUGAAUUUAUUGAUACAAUCUUUUUGGUGGUUAAACAAAAAAAAUUAACUUUUUUACAUACUUAUCAUCAUGGUGCAACUGCUUUAUUAUGUUAUACUCAAUUAAUUGGUUUAACUUCAAUUUCUUGGGUUCCAAUUUCUUUAAAUUUAGGUGUUCAUGUAAUUAUGUAUUGGUAUUAUUUUUUAGCUGCAAGAGGUAUUAGAGUUUGGUGGAAAGAAUGGGUUACAAGAUUUCAAAUUAUUCAAUUUAUUUUAGAUUUAAUUUUUGUUUAUUUUGGUACUUAUCAAAAAAUUGUUGCAAGUUAUUUUUCAAAUUCUUUUUUACCUUAUUGUGGUGAUUGUGCUGGUACUAUGAUUGCAGCUUAUUCUGGUUGUGCUAUAUUAUCUUCUUAUUUAGUUUUAUUUAUUGCAUUUUAUAUUGAUGUUUAUAAAAGAAAAGGUUCAAGAAGAUCUUUAAGAGUUAAAUCGGUUAGUGGUGGUGUUGCUGCUCAAGUUAAUGAAUAUGUUCAUGUUACUGGUAGAGAAAUGACUCCAACUCCAACUCCAACUCCAACUCCAUCUGAAAUAAGAUCUAGAAAAGCAUAG